CUCUCUCCAACAGCCCCUCCCUUCCCUCCCCCAAGCGCUCCUCACACAAUCCUUGCCACACUCACCCGCUCCCCCAGUUCCUCGGUUACAGUCAGUUCACCUGUGGCCUUCAUUGAGUGUGGACGUACGAUCCGAUCUUGUGUUGAACGACUCGACCCGCUCCCUACGUGUUACUUCCAUAAGUGUCUUGAUAGCCAGUAGCAGUUAGCCCUCAUUCAGAAAAGAUGGGGUGUUUCACAAAGUUAGCCUUGUUCAUCGUCAACUUCGCCAUCUUCGCAGCUGGAGUGGCAGUAGUUGCCUUGGCGUCCAUGAUAAUCAACACAGACAACACAUAUGGAAACUUGCUUAUAAAUGGGAUUUUCACUCUCCCCAUCAUAAUUCUGAUUGCUGGACUAAUCAUUGUGAUCAUUGGCUUCCUUGGAUGCUGUGGUGCACUGAAGGGAAGUUCCUGCAUGCUAAAAACUUAUGCAUUCAUCAUCAUAGUACUGCUGAUUGCUGAGAUUACGUUGGGUAUUCUGCUGCUGAUUUACCCCAACAAAGCUGAAGAAGCCAUCAAGGAUGGAAUGGAUAAGGUCUUCUACAACUAUGGUAUUGAUGAAGCCACUGAAAAAUCCAUUGAUGCCAUAGAGAGUGAUCUUAAAUGCUGUGGUGUAGAUGGCUACAUGGAUUGGAAGAACUAUCCCUAUGGUCAAGGUGGCAAUGUGAGCAGGGGAUGCUGCAUUGAAGAUGACUCUGAUGAAUGCUUCAUGAACAAGAAUAAUUUGCCUGAGGAGGAAGCACAGAAGUACAUCUACACAAAAGGCUGUUAUGCUGCACUGAAAGAUGAUCUCAAGGAUGAGACCAUUGCUUUAGGAGUGGUCCUUUUCAUCAUGGCUAUUGUGCAGGUCCUUGCUGUUACCUGUGCUUGUGGCCUCGCCAAGAAGUCUAGUGGCAGUACCCACUAUGCCUAGAGGUCUGCAUUCUCAGUCAGUUAAUAUGCUGACAUUUAUGAUGAGUCCUUUCUCUCCUUUAUUGGAGAGGUAAUUUUGUGUGUGUAGAUGAUAAAUAAAGUGUUGAUUUUUAACAAUACUAUACAUGGAUGGUGUUGAUUUUUUAUAUUUUUUUAUUUUUUUUUAUUUAAGGAAUUUUAUUUUAUUUUAUUAUACCAUUUUUUUGUUUCCUUUUGUUUUUUGCUACAUAUUUGAAUAUAACCUUUUAUACAGAUAGAAAUUUUCUAUGUAUUUGUGAGAAACUUAAAUGGCAAACUGAUUAAUAUAUUUGUUACUAUAUUUCAUGGUAUCAAUGAAUUUUUCAACCUUUUUCAUAAAAUAUGUCCAACAUGUAUAAACAUGUAUAAAAGAAAUCACCUAGAUUAAGUAUGCAUAACAUAACAUAACCCAUACAUACCUUUCAUGGACCUGUUUGUAAAUCAACACAUUUGCACAAGGAAUGAAGUUAUUCUUAAAGGUUGGAGAUCAUUCACACUGAUACUAUCUUUUCUUUCUCCUGAACUUUGUUUCCAUUACACAUACUGCAUUUUUAAAUUAUCACAAAACAAAUUUCUAAGUAAAUUUCUUUCUAAAAAGAA